AUGGCUUCCUGGUUGGCUGCCCUGUCCCUGACGGUCCUGCUGGCACUGUCCAACCCCCCAGCUGGUGAAGCCCUCGUCAACCAGCACCUAUGUGGCUCCCACCUGGUGGAGGCCUUGUACCUGGUGUGUGGGGAGAGGGGCUUCUUCUAUACCCCCAAAGCACGCCGGGAUGCUGAGCAGCCACUGUUGGGUGAGGCCAGAGGGGAAGAGCUGCCCUUCCCACCUGAGUACCAGCUGCAAAAACGGGGCAUCGUCGAGCAAUGCUGCAACAGCAUCUGCUCCCUCUACCAGCUGGAGACCUACUGCAACUAG